CUUUAUAACUGGGGUAGAAAGCUUUCGCUUCCGGCAAACCACAAUAACUUGUCGAAAGCCAUUCCCCUUCAAAAAAUCAAGCGAUGCAGCUGUUUCCACGAAAAGUAGUUCGGUUGCUGAAAUCGCGCCUGUUAAUCCUUCCAAUUGCCCUUUUUGUGGUCUAUUUGUUCAACUGUGCCUUUGAGAAAUAUCAAAUACGGCAGGUUUCCCAGGGAUGGAACGCUCGAACAGCAUUCUCACUAUAUACCCCCAUAGAGGACAUACGAAUUGUUCAGUGUGUGAAAUGGAAUCCAUUGUGUCGUCCUAUGUCUCAAUUUACGCGUUGGAUCAGAAGUACUAAUGACCUGUACUUAGGAAAACAUUGGUUUCGCAAGGCUUUUAUUUUUGUGAAACGCCCAGAUCACUAUGUUGAAGAUGAAAGCAUCGUCCUGGAGGACAUGUAUGUCGAUCCGGAAAGCGGAACGAGCGAUCUUUCCGACGGUUACCAUUACAAAGGCUACGGUUUAUCUGUUUCAUAUAGUACAGAGGGGGAUAUUUGCGAGGUUGAAGUACUUCACGGAAAAGACGCGAGAGAACCCCGUAACGGUUGGAGAGCAGUACCGGCUGACUUUCUUGGAACAGGCUACGAUGUCAUCCUUACUGUGAGGCCGUGUUCUGAGCCUGCCACUCCUGCCCCAAAAGUUCUACAAGCCAGUGAAGACCGUUACAUUCGUUUUGACAUGGACCGUGAAGAUGUAAAGAUUGUACAGUUUUCCGACUUGCACAUGUCUACGGGUCCCGGCGUCUGCCGGGAUAUGUUUCCUGCAGACCGUAAAGAAGGAUGUGAAGCCGACGCAACAACACUUGAGUUUAUGUACGAUGUUCUUGAUUCAGAAUACCCUGACCUUGUUUUACUUACCGGUGACAUCGUAAACGGAGACACGUCUCCUGACGCAAAAACUGCGUUGCUGAAAGCACUCUCACCGAUGGUCGAGCGUGAAUUGCCAUUCGCUGUCAUUUUUGGCAAUCACGACGAGGAAGGUGACCUUUCACGCAUGGAACUGAUGCGUUACGUCCAGCAGGUUCCUGGCAGCGUCUCGUUAUUUGGCAAUGUUUCCGGCGUAGGCAAUUAUGUAAUCGAUAGCCCGGGAAAGUUUUCGUUGUACAUGAUUGAUACACAUGGCAUGUCUCCUCAAGGAAGGCAUUGUCCCGGCUACGACUGGAUUAGACAAGACCAGCUGGACUGGUUAAAACAGGCUACGAUUGACCAUGGCGGAAAUCCCAUCCAAAUGGCAUUUCUUCACAUUCCCCUGGCCGAGUUUUGCGACGUGGUUGAUAUGAAAGGCAGUUAUCGCGAGGCGUGCUCGGCCACGAAGUGCGAUUUGGGUACUGCUAAGUUACUGAAAGAGGCCGGUAUUCAAGUGGCAGUUGCAGGACACGACCACGUCAACGACUUUUGUGGAUACAAUCAAGCGAACCACAUCCAUUUCUGUUUCGCUGGCGGAGCAGGAUUUGGUGGAUAUGGUGGACACGGCGGCUAUAUUCGACGUGCUCGUAUCUGGCGUUUAAACGGUGCCCAACGUCUCGUUCAGACUUGGAAACGUAUUGAAUGGCCCUUGGAAGAACGCCGACUAAGCAUUGAUCCACAGGAACUCAACCUGGAUGUUUAAUUCCAAAGUCCUUAAACACGUCUUGCUUCUAUGCUCUCUUCUUCCGCACAAUGUUUUUUCUUCCGACUGUAUGUGUCUACAAUUUUCUAUUCACAUUCAUUGUUGUCCUUCUACUACACAAGUUCUUGUUAUUCUUCAAUUCGUUCCAGCGUUCGUACACGUCUGUGUAUUUUCACGUUAGCUAUCCUUUAUUAUGUAUGAAAUCUUAUGUUAGCUCUCCCUCACGCAUCAACCAAACAUCCCGUUAACACUCUCACAGAAUGCUUGCAAACCUUUUGUCUCAGCAAUUCAUACAAAAAAAAACGUUUUCAUUAAA